CUCGCACGCCAUUGACAAGCCCAGCGACCUCCAUUGCGACAGCGAAGAUAUAUUCAAACGUAUCCGACUGCCACACACGACGCAGGGCUGCGCUCGGCCACUACUACCACUACCACCACCACAAUGCCCACCCCAGAAUCCGAAUCGUUCAAAGCAUCCAAGCCCAAAGUCGCGCCAACAUUUGACGGCGUGGACUACGAUGACAACAAGGCGCUGAAAGCUGCACAAGAUGCCAUCAUCCGGGAGCAAUGGGUGCAGAGCAUGAUGGCGCGGCUGAUCCGGGAGGAAAUGGGCAAAUGCUACUACAAGGAGGGCGUAAACCAUUUGGAGAAGUGUGGGCAUUUGAGAGAACGAUAUCUGGAGCAAUUGAAGCAUUCGAAGGUGAAGGGAUAUCUGUUCCAACAGCAGAAUUAUAUCCCAAAGACAGAGUAGCACUGGAAGAGGGGAUACAUGGGUGGGGGCAGGAGGAUGACGACGAGGGGAUACGAUCGCAUGUGACACUUUGAUGUGUCUAUGCGAAAGGAGGAGUCCGACUAUGAUACGGAUUGGAGCAUAUAUGAUGUGUCGAAUACUCAAGUCGCUUUAAAACACAUCACACUAACUGCCGACCUUUCCCCCCCCCAAAAAACGUACCUAUGCUGACAGCCUCCUCCUCCUAUGGAACGCAAGCAGAAAGAAAAAAAUGAGUAGGACCCUGAGAGCACUCGCUCACUCGAAGCAUAAGGUAGCCGACGAAUUUCUUUCCAAAUUCCCGAUUAAUUCGCCCCCUCUUCAAAUUGCGCCUCCGAACGGAAAGUGAAAG